CUAACUUUACAAAAACCGUUCAUUUAUGGUCACUUUUAGUUAGCUGUCGUCCAUCGCUGUUAACGGCGUCCGUUAAGUGAUGACGUGACUGACGGAUUCGCCUAAUCAACACUUUUUAACCUCAAAAUUGACUGACCCGACCCGCCAUGUCAGCUAAACCUAACCAAACCUCUACCCAAACCAGAUCCGACCCAACCCAACCCACCCACUUCUCCAUAUCCAAACUAAACUUCCUGUCUUCCUAAUCAAUUCAUCACUAAAUUAGUACAUGAAAUUGAAUCGUACAAAAUCCAAAACCCUAAAUACAAAACACAGCGAUGCUCUCUCGUUCUCCCUCUCCAGAUGCUGCCUCUCACCUCCCUCCGCGGUGAACUCAUCGAGCUCCAGUUGCUCUCUUCGCGGUGUUGGCAACGGUUAAGGAAUAUCGUACUUCUAGGGUUGAAGAUAAUAUAGGGGUUUGUCGAUUUCGUCGGUGGAGCCAAACAUAAUAGAUUUGGGAAUUGGGAUGUUGAAGGAUGGUUGGGUUCGUGAAGAAGGAAGUAAAAUUAGCCUCGAGCUCCGCCUACACCCACUCCGCAGCGCCGCUCGACUCUUCUUUCCCUCGCGCCGGCAUCUGCAACAACCCAUCUUUCAGGCAAGCUCCCGGCGGAGCCAUUCCGGCUGCCGCUGAGCGUAUCCCGACACAGAGGAAGAAUCGGACUCGCGGGAGCAUCAGCUGCAGGGGAGGAGGAGAAAAUGGCCGGAAAAUCCAUGUGAAGGCCUUGGAGGAGGAUCUAUGAGAGUUCACCCUAAUUUCUUCGGCAUGUGUGCAAUCUAAGCAAGAACAUAUACCAGUGAUUUCGGGGAAGAAAAAGGGGAUUUUUUUUUGGGGAAAUCGGUGCUUGGGUUGGGUAACGGAAAAGAGAAACAUAGGUUUUAAUUUGGGUUGGGUCGUGAUCAUUGGGUUACUGGUUAGAUGGUUUUUUUUUUUUUUUAUCGGGAUCAGAUGGUUAAGUUUUAAUGAUGUGGCAGGGGUAGUUUUUAUGUUUUUUAGGUUAAAAAUAUGUGACUAGGCAAGUCUGUUAGCCACAUCAGCAAAUAAUUGACGGUGUUAACGGAGACUGACAGAAGGUAAUGGAGAGUGACCAAAUAUGAAAUGUUUUACUAAAGCUAGUGACCACUAAUGAAAUUAAAUAUUUUUAGUGACCAAACAUAAACCUUUUUAGUAAUUUCAAGUGACUAACCUUGUAAUUUACCCAAAUAGACCUCCAUUCAAGUUUCCAGCGAGCAUUUCUCGCAAGGCUAUUUUCGGAAGACGCUUUCUAGCACGUUAGCAUUGCUGAAUUAAAUUCCGCCCAAACAGAAAAUACGGCCCAAAAUACGGCCCAGACCCACUCAAUUAGGAGAAGGGGAAAAAAAAGACACAAUUUGCAAUUCAAAGAGAAAAAAUGACCCUGUGUGAGUGUGACCUCCAACUGGCAGUGGUGGACCCAGAAAUUUUACAUAGGGGUAUUUUUUUAAAAAAAAUAAAUUAAAUAAAAAUAAUUUUAAAAUAACUAAUAAAUAAUAUUUAGAUAAGAAAUAAUUUACUCAUACAGUUUGAAAAAAUUCACAAUGUGUUUUCAUAUUAAAAAUGAUUGUAGAACACACUUGGGGUCUACACUGUUCAAAAAAAAAUUGUCUCUGUAUAUCAUAUUAGACAAUCAUUCACGAAUUGAUCACAUAUUCAAUUUCUAAACUUGUUCUUGAUGUAAUCCAAAGCUGAAAAGACUCUUUCAAUACUUGUUGUACAACCAUAAAUCAAUACAAAUUAAGGGUAGCUUGAAAUAUGUUUAAUUGUUAUAUUUUGAAAAUAAUUAGAGCUAGAGAAUUACAUUAUACUAUUACACAGUGUUUAAAAUCGAAUAACAUAUGAGUUGUAGUCUAAUGAAAAUUAUGUUUAUUA